AUGCUCCUGUGGGCGUACGCUGUGUGGUUCUCCCGGCGGUUUCCGACUGCUCUGGCAUCGCAUGGCAAGAGCUCCGAUUAUCGUUGGCGUCGGUCCGCCGAGGAGGAGAUGGAGGAGGAAUCCGACGGUGAGGGUGCGAUGGUGCCGUUCAUGGACUUUACCAACCAUCGAAGUGGCACCCAGAUUGUUUGGUCGGCAGAUGAUACGCAUGUCACCUUCACUGCAGGCGAGACAGGCGUGGCUGCGGGCGAAGAGGUGUUCAACAACUAUGGUGACAAGAGCAAUGAAGACCUGCUGCUCAUCCACGGCUUUGCGCUGCUAGACAACAUCUAUGACACCUAUGGCUUGUGGCUCUCUGUCCAGGUCUCCGAGGAGCCACCAGCACGGCGACCGGCCAAGAAGCGAAGGGCGGCAGUAAAAACGCAGCGGAUUGGACCCUUCCUGCUGCGGCGAGCAGAUGAUAGGUGGGACCAAUUUCCCGCGGAGCUUUGGCUGGCCCUCUCCUCAGCCACCGGAACGGCCACCGAGGAAGCCACACACCUGACCGUGGAGCCGGAGCACUUGAGGAGCUUGGCCUCACUUCUUCAGCAGAGGCUUGAGGACUUCACGUCGACGCAGGGCCGAGACAGACACUUUGCUGCAGGGGGCAAAGCCGAGGGCGGAGAAGUGGAUCCAAGGAUCAGGUACAUCGCCCGCUACCGAGACGGCCAGCGACAGGUCCUAGAGGACUGCAGCAAGGCGCUGGAGGAGAUGCUUUCCCAGCUGCCAGCUGAGACCGGAGCUCCAGAAGUUCCAGAAGCUCCAGACGUUCCAGAGGCCGAGAGAGCAGGGCCAACCUGA